AUGGAGACCCCCGGGCAGACGCAUCUGUACCAUUUGAAAAAGGCUAGGAAGGCGAAUACCUUUCUGACACCGUUAAUGUAUAAACUCCACUUUCACUUUCUGAAACUGAGGCGUACCUUGAAAUACCUAGGCAAAUGUGUAAUAUACUAUGCAAACACUUCUGGAGGGAGAAAAAGAAUUAAGGUCUACGCUGACACAGACCACCUGCGAAUCCUCAAGGUAGCCUUAAUUUCAUCCUCCGGUAAAGUCAUCCCAAUUGAGAAAAUUCAAGUGAAAAAAAAGAGAGACAAUUUUUACAUAAAUUUGAAAGAGAGUAUAAAAGUAGGGGUAUACAAAUUCGUCAUUUUUUUCUAUUACAAAAAUGGAGAGGAAAAAACGGAAGGGAUUUACUUGGCUAGUAAUAAGAAAUUAUUGAGGAAGAAAAAAAAAUGCGAGGAGACCCAUCCUGCUGGGGAGGAACAGAAAGAGAGGGAAUUUUAUUUUGUCCUUCCAAAUGAUGGAGGGAAAAUUUUCCAUUUUCAUUUUAAGGGGGUAAAGUUUGAAAGCAAAAGAAGGUACACAUAUAUAAAUACGUUUUGCGAAUACUUCUACCUCCCUCUGGUGUUUCCAUGUCUACUAUACAACAAUCAUAGAGCAAAAUUUAGGCUCAAGGUUUCGUUUGAAAUUGAGUUAAGUGGAGGAAAUGGCGUUCAGUUAACAUGGGGAGAAUCGCCAAUAGCAGCAGAGGUGAACUUUCCCUUUACCGAUAGGUACAAGGGUAAAAAGAUACGCGUAAGAAGAAACACCCUUGUUCGUGUUGUAAGUGGAUCAGACUUGGUCAUCACGAAUAGUAGGCUCAAAAGGGUGUAUUACAGCCAGGGAGGGGGUGGACUCUACUCUUCAUUUUGGAAGGGUCUCCAGGGGAAGCUCAUCGGAAAGAAGCAAUGCAGAUUCACUUCGGGGUGGAGAUGUGCAACCCCAUUUUGUGUGACUCGCCCAAUGAGAAAUGGGGUGACAAAGAAAGAUGGAUUGCUCUCCCCAAUGGGGGAUCCUAAAAAACGAUGGAAGUUGUAUAAGCUCAGUAAACGGUGGAACCAACUGACCACAGGAUCAACUGAAAGGAGAAAAUUCAUAACGUACCAAUUUUGCGAGACGAGCAAAAUUGCCUCAUACACAUUUUGCCUGUUUGCUGGCUUAUACAACAAAAUAGAACUGAAGGUGAAAGGUAUUUCCGUUUUUAUAUACAUAGAGAGGGGAAGACCUGUACAAGGUAACAAUGCAAAAAGGAGAUAUAACUUCUUCAUUCAUGUGGUGAAGGAAACACUAAUAAUGUACUUGAAGAUACAUGUCUUCCGCGCCAAAUUCGAAGAGAGUAAGUUCAUCCAGUUCAUGGUACUAAACACGUAUAAAUACGCUGGGGAGGAAAAUCACAACUGUAUUACUUUGUUGAUGUCUGUGGUUGAGGGAUGUACACCUUCUAGGAAGGAUAAGAACAAUUUGGAAGUAGAUUUUUACAAAAGGGUUUUAUUAGUUAAACUAAUUGUGCACGAAAUAUUUCAUACCUUCUGGGGAAAUUGCCUGUAUUUUAAAAAGGCAAAAUAUUUGUGGUUCAAAGAGGGGCUUACCAGAUACUACGAAUUAAGACUGUGUGAAUUGGUUUUAUAUAAGUUUAGCAAAUUUUCUUCUUGUAGGUGGAAAUUAAUCCUUUGGUUCACGCUUGAAUAUCAUUUUUAUGUUAUACUUUUAGACACUCUGAAUGUGUAUAACCAUCCUUUGGACUUUGCCAAGGGGGGGAAAAGAAAAUGCAGAGAAGAAAUAUACGCAAAAGAUAUCCACCAUUUUUAUAAUGCACUAACGUACAACAAAGGAAUGAAUAUUUUCAAAAUUAUUAAUGUCAUGACAAGACCUUACUUUUCCCUCAUCAUGAAUUUGCUCUUCUAUACCUUUUACAAUUGCUCAAUAAAUUCAAGAAAAUUUUUUAAGUUUUUUCACUUUUUUUUUCGUCUUUUUCAUGUGAAGCCAUUUUUUCUCAACUGUAAUGGGUAUGAAAAGUCUGUGCAUAUUGUGAAGGCACUCAUUAGAAGGAAAAGAAAAUUUUCAUUUGCUAAACCCUGCAGAGCUGUCGGCGGAGCGAUGAGGUUUACGUUCCGGGGGGAAUACCUACAACGUGACAAAGCACCCCCAUGCUCGAGCCAAGGGGAAGAAUGGGGGGGUAUCUUUACCCAUCUUUUGAGCUCCUCCUUUUUGAAGCGCCCCUUUAAGAAGAGCUUCCAGGCAUACUGCAUAGAAGAGGUCAUCAAUCCAGGGGGAAAAAAAAAGGCAAUCCGAAAUGCGAAACGGAAGAUAUCAUAUGGUGUAAUGCCAUGGAGAGGAGGAAAAAACGGAAGAGGAAAAAUAACAUCUUGGGGAAGCGUCCAAUCACCCCCCAGGAAAAUAUCUCAAAGGUCGGCCUCUUCCAAAGAACGCAGUUACCCCUUGCAAGAGAUAGUGCAAACGUACAUACAAGUAGUAGGGCCGCCUAAAAUAUUUUUUAAGUUUUUUAAACACAAAAAGAAAUUGCUGAUAACGCAGAAGCAUUUCUACUAUGACAAUUACGAGCAGACAUUUAAAGAGACGAAUGUAAUUUUCCACGUGCCACUUAUUUUUAAAGUGGGGUGUACAGAGUACAAGGUACUUCUAACCAGGAAAUAUGCUCUAAUAGAUGUUCUAAGGGGAAAUGAAAAAGGCCUUGAUGAAAGAAAAACAAAUGAAUUAAAUAGAGAUGAAAACACAUUCACCAUGAAUGCCCGGAAUGUCUCGUACUUUUCUUUCCACUUUCUUGAUAUAUUUUCUUUUGAAUUUAUAUUAAAUUCAAUAAAGCAUAACCUAUGUCGUAAGGCGGAUAUAAUUCACAUAAUCACGAACGUUUUUCUGGGUCUUUUGGUACGCCUAAAAAGUUUGAAGCAAGCACGACACUUAAUCUCUUUGAUUUGUAGGCAGAUAUUCUUGUUGUAUAAACUUUUCAAACAAACGAGACGCACAAGGGGCGAAAUGCACACCGUUGGGAUGAUCCUGUGUGAGGAAUUUUUCAAGUGUUAUAACCAUUUCAGCUCGUUUUUCUCCAAAAUUGAAGACCGAAAAUUGAAGAUAGAAAUAAACAAGGAGCUACGGUCAGGUGAGCAGUUCGAUUAUCUGCUUGAUGAAGUUGAAUUCGUAUUUAAAGACUUCAGGAAUUACUUGUCCAAGAUUUUUUUUUUUUUCAAGGAAUCUAUCACUGAGAUUUUGUGA